ACUCGCCGGUGUCUCAUCUCGCAUCCUGCGCUCUCACCACCUCCUCAAGCACCCACCCCAACACCAAAGCAAGCAUGGGCGACGACCGCGAGAAGCACGUCUUUCGCUCCGCCGUGCCCAGUCACGCGCCUUACCCGGAUGACCUGGACGUCUAUUCGUUCAUCUUCGAGCACUUCCCUGCUUCGCGGCCCGACCCGCGCGGCCGAACGCAGCCGCUGCUCGUAGACGACGAGACGGGCGAGGGCUGGACGUUUGAGGAGUGCAAGCAGCGCACGGACGCCCUCAGCGUCGGCCUGCGGGAGAAGUGCGGCGUCUCCUGGGACACCGUCGCCGCGCUCUACUCGUCCAACUCCGUCUACUACCCCAUCGUCCUCUGGGCAGUGCACCGUCUCGGCGGAGUCAUUUCCGCCGCCAAUCCGGCGUUUCAGCCUGAUGAGCUGGCGUACCAGCUGGAUGCAAGCAAGGCCUCGGUACUGCUUGUCGGCUAUGAAGCGAGAGCGGCGGGCUUCAAGGCGGCGGACAGGGCGGGCAUUAGCAGAGACAAGGUCGUCAUUGUGUGUGACCCGGCGGUGGUGCGGCAACACAAGGGGCAGGAGAAGAUCGAGGGCUCGUGGACGGUCACUGGCCUCAUUGCCGCCGGCGAAGCAGCCAUUCGCGCUGAUUCCAAGGCGCUGGACCGCCAGCGACGAGCGCUGGCAAAGGGCGAAGGCCGCAAGAAGCUCUCGUUCCUCUCCUUCUCGUCGGGCACGACGGGCCUGCCCAAGGGCGUCGCCAUCCCGCAUUCGUCGCCGAUUGCCAAUGUCCUCCAGAUGGCCAGCUUCAAUGAGGUGGCGGCCAAGUUUGGCGAGAAAGAGGGACGCUUCAGGCCAGGCGUGGACGUCAGCCUCGGGCUCUUGCCGUUCUAUCACAUCUAUGGCCUCGUCAUCGUGCUGCACUUCACAUUCUACAUCGGUGUGACAACGGUCGUCGUGCCGCGGUUCAAGGGCAUCGUGCCGAUGCUGGAGAGCUGCGUCAAGUACAAGAUCUCCAUCUGGUGGCUUGUGCCGCCGCAGGUGGUGCUGCUGUGCAAGGAUCCCGGCGCGAAGAAGUACCACGCCGAGCUCGCCAAGUUCGUCCGCUUCGUCAUGAUCGGCGCCGCACCCCUCUCAGACGAUCUCUCGCGACAGCUCGAUGCGAUUUUGCCUGGCCUACAUGGCCAAGGAUACGGCAUGACAGAGACCUGCACGGUGACGUUGAUGCAUCCACUCAACACAAAACCGGUGAUGGGGUCUGCGGGAAGACUUGUGACCGACACAGACGCGCUUGUGGUGACGACGGACGGCAAUGUGUGCGGCGUGGAGGAGCGCGGCGAGCUCUGGAUCCGCGCCCCGCAGAAUACGCUUGGCUACUUCAACAACAAGCAGGCGACGGAGGAGAUGUUCCUGAAGGGCAACUGGGUGCGCACGGGAGAUGAGGUGUACUUCAACAAGGACGGCGACUGCUUCAUCACCGACCGGCUCAAGGAGCUCAUCAAAGUCAAGGGCUUCCAAGUGGCGCCCGCGGAGCUGGAGGGCUGGAUCCUCAACCACGCCGACGUGCGCGACUGCGGCGUCAUUGGCUAUCCGGACGAGGAUGCCGGCGAAGUGCCGUGCGCCUUCAUUGCGCUCUCGGAAGACGCAAAGGCGCGCGUGGAGAAGAAUCAGGGCGAGAUCGAGAAGAUCAAGGCGAGCGUGGCGAAGCACGUGUCGGACACGAAGGUGCACUACAAGCGUCUUGGGCGCGUCGAGAUUCUGGACAGCAUUCCCGCCACCGCCUCGGGCAAGAUUCUGCGACGCACGCUGCGCGACAUCGGCAAGACACUGCCGCCGAUUGCGAAGCCGCAGAAGAGCAGACUGUGAAGAACGACGCGCGGAGAGAACGGGGAGGUGUGGUAUGCUACGACUCUUUGCGAGGUGCGAAAUGACCAUGCUAUGAUCGCGACGACGCUUGUGGGUCAGGUACAAUGCGCCCAAGCCAUGUCUCGGUACGAACGGCGCGACUGGGAGCGCCAUUGGAGCGCAGCCGCCGCGAGGAAGAGAGCGUGUCUGCCGCUCACCGGCCGCUGGCGCGUGGCCUGCCCGCCGAAUGAAUCAUCCCAAGC